AUCUCCCUAUUUGAGGUCAAUUAAGCCUGAUUUUCCCCUCUUGGCGCCUCAAUUAACUGCCAAAACCACAUCACCACCCUGACACUUGAGCUUUUGGUAACCUGGGCCUUUCUCUGUUCUCUAACCUUAGCGAGAGGGAGCGACGAAGACACUGCUAUCAAACCGACUGCGAACUCGCAUACUUCUGUGUACUCGGUGCGGAGAAAGAAAGCCCGGCAUACUAACCGCAGAGAGGGGCGCUCCAGCCGAUUCCACCUCCACACUGCCUAACCCUCGCGCCACCACAAUACCACUUAGGCACUUGGGGUUGAGAUCAAUUAUCCUUCCUCGUUAUAUCCCUUAUUUUCCCGUUUGACUGAAUCAACAUAUUUUACUAUCCAUCAUGUCGAAAAUGUGGGAGGUAGACCCGGAGACGAAGGCGAAGCUCCUCCAAAUCUCCAAAACCAACGGAAACGAUAAAUGCUGCGACUGCGGCGCGCCAUCGCCUCAAUGGGCCUCCCCUAAAUUCGGAAUAUUCAUCUGUCUCAAUUGCGCAGGCACUCACCGCGGCCUGGGCGUCCACAUCUCCUUCGUGCGAUCGAUCACCAUGGACGCCUUCAAGAUCGCCGAGAUCCAACGUAUGGAGCUCGGUGGCAACGAACCAUGGAAGUCAUUCUUCGAUGACCACAUCGUCACUCAGUCCGAAGGCCGUACAUUCGAAGACUCCACCAUUAAAGAGCGCUACGAAGGCGAAGUAGGCGAGGAAUGGAAAGAGAGACUCUCCGCCAAAGUCGAGGGGCGAGAAUACGUUCCGGGACAGAAACCACCACCCCAGCCAAAGAAGCAACCCACCGUUGAACUCGCAUCUUCGCGAUCAAGCACACCGUUGGGUCGCGCCUCUCCUGCGUCGCAUGAUGGAUUCGGAGGUAUGGAUGGUGGACGGAAAGAGCGUAACGAGGCAUACUUUGCGAAAAUGGGCUUGGAAAAUGCCACGCGACCGGAUUCCGUUCCACCAUCGCAGGGCGGAAAGUUCACUGGGUUUGGUGGCGGUCUGCCCGUUUCAUCGGGACCGUCGAGAAAUACAUCCGGAGGAAAUAUUCCCGGGUUUGACGAUUUUCAGAAAGAUCCUAUGGCUGCAUUGACUAAAGGGUUCGGCUGGUUUACGUCUACCGUAGGAAAAAGUGCGAAGACUGUGAACGACUCAUAUAUUCAGCCUACCGCUAAAUCGAUAGCGGAAUCCGACUUCGCAGCCCAAGCCCGCCAACAUGCCACCCAACUUGGCCAAACUGUCCAAGUCGGCGCCCGCGGUGCGGCUGGUCACUUUCAGCGAUUCGUAGAGGGCCCAGACGAGAACAACGCCGGUCGUCGUCGCGCCGAACCCGAACGUAAGGAUUUCUGGGACGACUUCUCCACUCUCGCACAAGAGGACAGUCACCGCAGAAAUGCCUCCCGCUCCAGCGCCAUCGGAACUGCAGCCAUGAAACCUGGCCCUACCCCUAGUCCCAGCGCCGCGACAGGCAAUGCACCAUCAACGACCGCGAAGGAAAAGGAUGAGUGGGACAAUGAUUGGUGACUUACUUUUGGAGUUGUAGAAUACAUGACUGAAGCGUAGUGCAUUUAGUGUUUUGUCGCGUUUCUUCUUCGAUUGCCGGGCAAUGGUUAUAUAUAUCUUUUCUUUGGGAUCGCUCGGGCCCCGUGCUUUUGCGUGUUUUAGAUGCGAUGACAGUGUUCACUUGCCGUUCAUUUGGAUAUAGUUCUAGGUGAGCUGGUUUAUAUUCUUGUUUGACGAGGUCUGGUUAUUAGCAUACCUCAUUUAGAUCGUUGCUUAGAUUGCAUAGAUGCUAGCGAGGAACCUAGUUCAGCAGGCUGGAUCCACUAUCCAUUCCAUGACGCUCGGACACCAGAUUGCAA